AUGGCACGCUUGAACAAGUCGUCUGCACGCAUUGCGCUACCCACUUUUGACGGCGAUGCGAUGAUCGAGCUCAUCAGCAAGUUCCUCAAAGUUGACGAGCGCUUCAUCCCAGAUGCGCGCGGAUAUUCUCUGUACCUUCGUCCGACCAUGAUUGGCACCCAGCGCACCCUCGGCGUUGGUCCUCCUGCCUCUGCCCUACUGUACGUCAUUGCCUCGCCUGUAGGCCCAUACUAUCCGACCGGUUUCAAGGCCGUUUCAUUGGAGGCAACGGACUACGCUGUACGUGCUUGGCCCGGCGGUGUGGGUGACAAGAAGCUGGGAGCCAACUAUGCUCCUUGCAUUGUCCCGCAGAUGCAGGCAGCUAGCAGAGGCUUCCACCAGAACCUGUGGCUGUUCGGCGAGGAGGAAUAUGUCACUGAGGUCGGAACCAUGAACCUGUUCGCGGCGAUCAAGAACAAGGAGACCGGACAGCCAGAGCUAUUGACAGCACCUCUUGAUGGAACCAUCCUGGAGGGUGUCACGCGUGACUCUGUCCUCGCCCUUGCGCGUGAGCGUCUCGAGCCAAAGGGCUGGAAGGUUCUGGAGCGCAAAUUCACGAUGAAGGAGCUUGCCGACGCUGCGGACGAGGGACGCAUGAUGGAGGUGUUCGGUGCUGGCACUGCAGCCAUUGUCAGCCCUGUGCGACGUAUAAGCUGGAAGGGGACGACUACUGAGAACGAGGAAUGUGGCCCUAUCACUGGACAAGUCAAGGACUGGAUGGAGUCCAUCCAGUAUGGUGACGAAGAUCACCCAUGGAGCUACAAGGUCCCUGAGUGA